UUAGAGCGCAAUUCUUUUGACCAGUUUCAAUUCAAUUACUGUUUCACUCCCCGUCUUCUAACACAAAGAAAGUUUUUUAUCCACAACGUACGGUAUCUGUUAUGCGAAUGCUCGAGAGCUUAUGUUAAGUUCUUGUCCGAAAUUGCGACAGAAGUCACAAAUAAUACUUUUUUCCUCCGUUCUAUGAUCUGUUUUAAAUGAACUUGUCAUUCCACAACGAAUGUGUAAUAAAAAAUAAACUGGAACUUUCGUCAGAAAAACGCAAAGUUCAGUAUGCCUUUCCUACUUCAUGCUAAAGGAAACUUCACAGAGCUUCUAUAUGUUAACUUUCGUAUAGGUUAUGCAUGAAUGUUCAACACCCGAGUUAAAUACUCUGUGAUCUUUCUGACAGAAAUAAUUCUACGAAACCAAUUGCAGUAUAUCGACGUCUAGAGCUGUUCUCAGCGUUGUCAUGAAGCAAAGGCAUUCAGUAGCCGCCCUCAAAAAGGUUAAGAAAAAUAUAAAAAAACACUUUAACGAUCAAGAUGCUUCUGAACUCUACAAAGUAUUGUCGAAAAAAUUGUUCGGGAACUUGGUAGAGAUAUACGAUCUGAUAUCUUAUCCUUGUGAACAAGUACCGAAUAAAGAUACAGAUCUAAAUGCGAUUACCAAUGACUUAGUAGAAGCACUUUAUGAUGGUCCAUUAACCAUUGAUCCUUUGGAUGUAGAAGCGAAUGAAUUAAUUCAACUACUUAGUUCUCCAGUAUGGCGUAGCUUUUCUACUGCAUACACUGAAAUAACAACCAGUCACUUUGAUAUGCCUGAAUUACCUGAGGUAGCGUACAUGACGUCGGGCCUGGGUGGUACUCAUACAAAUCUGGGGAGUUUUCUAGCCAGCAAAGCAUCUAAUUUACAUGUGGCUGACAGAAGUUUUGGAGAUGGUACUAUAAAAGAUAAUCGAAAUGGAAUCCCCAAUGAACUGUAUAAUUCACGAUCAAUUAUGUACGGUGCUGGUAGUGAAAAUGUGUAUACUGACUUGAGAAAAAAUGAAGCUACACUUACUGGAGGUGGCGAUGGUCCAGCAUUACCACCUGUAGAUGGUGCAGUAAAAAUGAUCGGGAUUCAAAAGAAUCAUGGUGAAGAUUUAGGUAUCACUGUUAUUCAACAACAAUAUAUGUCUGCACAUUAUGGUUUAGUGAAAGAAUUAGUAAUUAAACGAAUUUUAGCUGCUUCUCAUGUUGAACAGCUAGAUUUACUACACGUAGGUGAUGUGAUUCGUGAAGCGAAUGGAGUUCCGGUUGAUAAUCCUGAAGUAUUACAAAAAGUAUUAAAAAAUGCAUCUGGAAAUGUCACAUUGAAAAUCAUUCCUGGUUAUCAGUCAACUCCUAUUUCGUCACAACUUUUUCUUCGAGCUCACUUUUCUUAUGAUCCGAAAAAUGAUAAUUUAAUUCCAUGCAAAGAAGCUGGUUUAAAAUUUUCAGCCGGUUCUGUCCUUCAAGUUCUUAAACAAGAAGAUCCUUAUUGGUGGCAGGCAAGACAUCAUAAUCAAGAUGGUCGUGCUGGUCUAAUUCCAUCUAUAGUACUACAAGAAAGACGUAAAGCCUUUAUUCAAAGUGCGCCUAAUCCAGAAGAGCUAACUUAUAAAAUGUUCGCUUGUGGACUUGCAAAACGUAGAAAGAAAAAAGUCACUAUACCAUUUUGUGCAAGAGAUGCUGAUAAUUAUGAUACUAAAGAUAUUGUACUUUAUGAAGAAGUUGCUAUGGUAUCAGGUUUCCAGCGUCCUGUUAUUUGUUUAAUCGGAGCUCCUGGAGUUGGUCGUCGAAGUUUACGUAAUAUGCUUAUUCGUGCCAAUCGAGAGAGAUAUGCAUCAGCUAUUGCACAUACAUCAAAAGAAUUAGAUGUUGGAGAAGAGGAUGAUGGUGAAUUUAUUGUUGAAUCGAAAGAGAAAAUGGAAAUGGAUAAUUUGAAAAAUAAAUAUCUUGAAUUCGGCGAUUAUGAAGAUAAUUUCUAUGGUACAAAAUAUGAUAGUAUCCGAGAAGUAGUGCAAGCAGGCCGUACAUGCUUACUUGAUUGUUCGGUACAAGCUGUGUCCAAGUUAAGAAAUUCAGAAUUUAUGCCUUAUGUUGUAUUUCUUGCUGCUCCAUCGGUUAGUUGUAUGAAAGCAAUGUAUGAAUAUGGCAUGAGUAUGGGUUUCACUGAGAAAUGGAAAAGAGAUGAAACAUUUCGUAAAACACUUGAAACCAGUACCUACAUAGAACGUGAAUACAAUUAUCUCAUGGAUUUAAUUUUAUUAUGUGAUAAUAUUGAAACAACUUUUGAACAAUUAAAUUAUCAUUUAAAUAAUUUAUUAACAGAACCACAAUGGGUACCAGCUAAAUGGCUUUAUUAA